GGGCAGCGCGCUGGCUGGAGAGGGCGCGAGCCCGCGCGGCGGCGGGGCGGGGUGCCGGGGCUGCAGCGGUAGGAGCCCGGGGGCUGCACAGGAGGGAGGAGGCAGCCGCCGCCGCAGCUGGAGAGGGGAGGCGAAGAGGCGGCCGCGCCGCCAGGGGAGAUGCUGCAGCAGCUUUGGGAGCCUCGGUAAGUUUCCCCUGCCGUGGGGGGGAGGAAAGGGCCGUUCCCGCCACAGGAGGUGGAGGAGGGGAACGUGCCGGGGCCGAGCGGAAGGCAAUGCCAAGGGUGGCGUGUUAGGCUGGUCGGGGGGGGUGGAAGCUCCUAGGACGCGGGGAGAGAGCUGGCAGAUGUCCCAAGCGAGGGAACCUCUUCCUCCGGGGCCUGAAGGGCCAGCGCCUGCAGCUCCGACUGAAUGCAGCCUUCUGCUCUCGCUGCCUCGCGAAAAAUGUGAUAAAGAAAAUACAGCUGCAGGAGAGAGACACAUAACACCACCUUCCAAUAACCAAAGCAUACAACUAGAGAUACAAGACCAGUCUGUCUGGGGAAAUCGCACUGAUGGUGACCUCAUCAGAACACAACCUCAACGUUUGCCUCAGCCAAAUACUUCAGCAUUGGAAAAGAGCGAGGAAGAAACUGGCAAGAUACAGAAUGGUCAUGCAGGUCUGAGUAAUGGAAAUGGAAUUCACAACGGGGUCAAACAUGUAGCUACAGAUAAUAGAAAAUGUUCAGUUCCUGUUUCAGAAAAAAUGCACAGAAAAAUUCAGUCCAGCUUGUCCGUCAACAGUGAUAGCAGCAAGAAGAGUAAAAUAAGCUCUGCGUAUUCUCAAAAACCAGGUUCUUCUCCUGAAGAUUGCUGUGUUCACUGUAUCCUGGCUUGCUUAUUUUGUGAGUUUCUCACCCUCUGUAAUAUUGUUCUGGGACAAGCUUCUUGUGGCAUCUGUACAUCGGAGGCCUGCUGUUGUUGCUGUGGGGAUGAAAUGGGGGAUGACUGUAACGGCCCAUGUGACAUGGAUUGUGGCAUAAUGGACGCUUGUUGCGAAUCAUCAGACUGCUUGGAAAUCUGUAUGGAAUGCUGUGGGAUUUGUUUCCCAACAUGAAAUAUUUUGUAUCUUUUUUGUUUGUUUGUUUUUAAAUUCUGUUAAAAACUGGAGAGCUUUUAAAAGUACUUUCGAAGAAAAAUAUGGUAAGAAUCUCACACAGCAACCUAGUAUUUGCACUGUUAAUUUGCUAUGUUUAAAGAAUCUUUAGAGAAAACAAAAAACCUGUACUUUAACAAAUGUUUUUGGUUUAGUAUGUGAAAUUCUAGUUACUUUCCAACCCUCUUUGGCUUUGCAAAUGAAAUAGUUGGCUGCAAUCAAUUUAAAGGCCUGAUACAACAGGUCUUGCUUGGUUAAAAUAGCAAUUUUAGUUAAGAUUUGGCCAGAGAAAAGAUUGCAAAGUAGCCUUAAAUAUUUUCCCCCUCACCUACGUUAAUGCUUAAAUGCUUGAAUAGCCUUCCAUACCUAACACACUUUUGCAGCAAAAUGUCUUUAUUUCAACCUUUUAUGGUUUGAAGUAACUUUGGCCUAUUAUAUUUUAAAGUGAAUUUAAAAUAUGCAGUGGGAAUCUACAAUUGGUCUUGGUGCAGUGGUCACAUUUAAAUGUUUCUUCUGUUUCGAAAGAUUCCAUUGGUUUGAGAGAGAUUCCCUGUGCUUACCAUGGUGAAUACUGAUAAUAGGUGAAAUCUAGGUAAAUAAGUCAAUGAGAGUUUUGUCAUUGACUUAAAAAGGGCCAGGAUUUUACCCACUAUCUUCCAAACCAGAAUAAACUUUUUAUAUGGGACCUGUAUUUCCCUUCAGUGUCAAUGUUACUUGAAGUGAUCAGUUUUAGAACAAGGUUUUGAAAGCCUAGGUAAACAUGAAACAUACCAUUUCUCAGUUAGAUGCUCAAUCACUCUGGUUAUUUUAAGGAAUAUCAUGAAAAAAAUCUUCAGAUUCUAAACGUACCAGUUUUUGUGGCUUUACAACCACAUUUCCUAAUUUAAUUUUCUCCCCUCCCACCCCCCAUCAUCGUUCCUCUGCUGUAGGAAAGACCCACACAAACGGUGGGAAUGGGCAGUCAGAGGAAAUAGUGAAACCAGCUAGAGAGGAAGUACUAUCAAGUGUAGAAAGUAAACUUGUAUCUUAUUCUCAAAUAUUUGUUCUUUUAAGUGUUGCUUAUAAACCAUAUGUAAAGAAUUUUCAAAUAGUUACUUUUAGGCUGACUGUGUCUCUUUAAAACUGAAGGAACUGUAGUAAUGUCUUUU